UCGCCUCCAUCCAAUGGGCGACGAGGAGCUGCCGGGAACAGGGGGAGCCCGGACGACGCUCCCAGCCCAGUGCCUCCGAGGGCUUCCCCGCAAUAGGCACCGGUUGUCGUCAGGCCGAGAGGAGCAGCGGAGGAGGAAGAAGGAGGAGAAGGAGGAGGAGAAAGAACAAUAGAGGAGACUGAGCGCCCUUUGCUGCAGUUGAGCAACAGCUGGACUCCAAGGAGGGCGUUGAGGAGGAGAGGGAGGAGAGGGUCCAGGUGGAGAAGGGAGGAAGGGACUUUCCCUCAAGGUUUGGGGGGGAAGCCAGUGAGGGACAAGAACAGCGCUUGGAAGGGAAGAGGAGGAAGAGGAGGAGGAGGAAAAGAGGAGGAGGUCCAGGCUCCUGGGGUGGGAGGAGGGGAGGGGAGAGAGGGGAAGGGACUGCCUUUCCCCCCUCGAAGGAUUUGGAGGGAAGGAAGGGGGCCGAGGCGAGUACAAAGCCAGCGGCUUGGCGGGGAAGGGCCACUUCGACGGCGGCUGUGAAGGGCGGCCACCUCCACCGCAAUUGUGGCGGGAGCAGCAGCAGCCGCCGCGUCGUUCUCCUUCCCUUCCCUCCGCGCGCUCUUCCCUUCUUCCUCCUCCUCCUCCUCCUCCUCUUCCUCCCCUCCGUCCUUCUUUUGCGCCGACCCGCCGGCCAGGAUGAUGAUGAUGUCCCUCAACAGCAAGCAGUCCUUCGGUAUGGCCAACGGCGGCGGCGGGCUCCACGAGGGCAAGUACUCGGCCCUCCACUCCGCCUCGCCGUGCACCUCCUCCGCCGCCGCGCCCUCCGCCAGUUCGCCCAGCAUCACCAGCGCCGGCGGGGGACGGGGAAGCGCCCCCAGCAGCAGCAGCAGCGGCAGCACCAGUAGCACCAGCAGCACCAGCAGCUCCUCGGCCGGCAACGGGAGCAGCUCCGAGGCCAUGCGCCGCGCCUGCUUGCCCACCCCGCCGAGCAACAUCUUCGGCGGGCUGGACGAGAGCCUGCUGGCUCGGGCGGAGGCGCUGGCGGCGGUGGACAUCGUGUCUCCGGGCAAGAGCCACCCGCACCACCACCACCACCCGCACCCGCACCCGCCGCCGCCCCACCACAGCCCCUUCAAGCCCGACGCCACCUACCACACCAUGAACACCAUCCCGUGCCCCUCGGCCGCCGCCUCGUCCUCCUCCUCGGCCUCCUCGGCGGUGCCCAUCUCGCACCCUUCGGCCCACCACCAUCACCACCACCACCAUCACCACCACCAGCAGCAGCCGCACCAGGCGCUGGAAGGCGGGGAGCUGCUGGAGCACCUGACGCCGGGGCUGGCGCUGGGAGCCAUGACGGGGCCCGACGGGUCGGUGGUGUCGACGGCGGGGCACGCGGGGCCGCCCCCUCCCCACAUGGCCGGCAUGAACCCCAUGCACCAGGCGGCGCUGAGCAUGGCCCACGCGCACGGGCUGCCGGCCCACAUGGGCUGCAUGAGCGACGUGGACGCGGACCCGCGCGACCUGGAGGCCUUCGCCGAGCGGUUCAAGCAGCGGCGCAUCAAGCUGGGCGUGACCCAGGCCGACGUGGGCUCGGCCUUGGCCAACCUCAAGAUCCCGGGCGUGGGCUCCUUGAGCCAGAGCACCAUCUGCCGCUUCGAGUCGCUGACGCUGUCGCACAACAACAUGAUCGCGCUGAAGCCCAUCCUGCAGGCCUGGCUGGAGGAGGCCGAGAAGUCCCACCGGGAGAAGCUGACCAAGCCGGAGCUCUUCAACGGCGGCGAGAAGAAGCGGAAGCGCACCUCCAUCGCGGCGCCGGAGAAGCGCUCCCUCGAGGCCUACUUCGCCAUCCAGCCGCGGCCUUCCUCCGAGAAGAUCGCCGCCAUCGCCGAGAAGCUGGACCUCAAGAAGAACGUGGUCCGGGUCUGGUUCUGCAACCAGAGACAGAAACAGAAGCGCAUGAAAUACUCCGCCGGGAUUUAGGCCCUUCCGCCCCUUCCCACGCCCUCCCCACCCCCCUUUUUGUAGACACAGGCGUCACCUUCAAAGGACUCCUUCCACUUCCCAGGGACUUCCGGAAA